AUGCAUAGCUAUGCAAUCAAUUACCAUCCCUACUUCCCGAUAGUGCCAGCCAACGUACUCCUCCCGCAAUACCUUCACGAGACGAUAAAACACGAGUCAUUUCUUCUCACGGCGGCCCUCGUAGUGGCUUCGCGGGAUCGAUCAGAUUUGGCAGAGCUACACCAAUCAAUAUGGGCCCAUAUGCGACACCUGAUACUCGAUGUUGUGCUAGGAAUGUCCACGAUCCGAAGCGUCGGCUGCGUUGAGGUUACCUACCUAUCCGACCGGCAGAUAUCUAUCCGCAUGGGCCAGGCUUUCUGGUCCCGUGGCCCUGCGUUGUCAGCUCGGUUUACCGCGGAGGACUUCCCCUCCCUUCAGCCUCAAUAUGCAUCCGGAGACGAUUUUGCGUCCCUGCUUCAAGCGCAGGUUGAGCUCACUACUCUCUUCGGCAACGCCCACGACAUCCUAUUUGCUUCCAAGCAAAGAACUGCUGAACUCAUGGUCCGUGGGGACUACACCAAGUACAUUGAUGAUGCCAGUCGCGCUAUCGUUGCGUGGGAUUUGGUAUGGACUCCAUUGACGGCUCCCUCCCACCUCAAGUGCUGCUUAAGAAUGAUGGAAAAGUAUCUACGUCUCUACGUGAACGCCUUUGCUUUCCAAGCUGUCCUGUACAGAGCGUCGUUGUCUGGAACGGACGUGGCGAGAGUCUCGUGUUUCCCCCACUCUGCCAUGGCAAGCCCGGAUGCACGAAUGGUUUACGAGGCUGUUGAUGCUGCAGAGGCACUGCUAAGGAUUGCAAUUGAAGACAUUGGUCCCGAGAGACACCUGCGAUAUAUGCCAGCUCGGUUUUACCUAUAUGAGAUCCACUCAGCCGUGUUUCUCUACAAAGCCCAUGCCGCCGGCGCGAUCUCGUCUGGGAAGCACGCCCAGACUGCCAGCCUGGUGCGGCGAUUUAUAGGCGUCCUAGAAAUUGCAGCGACAGAUACCGAUCACAUUGCAUCCAAGUACGCAAAACUGCUAAAUGGCUUAUGGUUCCAUAAAGGAGGAGCGAGAGGAGAUACAACCAGAAGCCGGGGCUCUGAGGAAAGAGUGCAAUCCGAUGAGGUUGGUAAUCUGAAUGACUUCAAUCAAGUCGAUGGUAAUGAUGAGAACCACGAUGACACAGGUCAUCUGCCAUCCUUUGACGAGAUUGGUCUCCAGCCAUUGGACUGGAUUGAGUCGGUCGAAGGGCUGUUCUCCAUGCCCGCCGCAUUUCCAUGGGAUCAGUCGAUAUACUGA